CAAGCUACACAAAGUUUAUAUUUUAAAAAACACCGAAAUGCUGGGGGAAGAAUCGAGCUACGCCAUCCAGAUGAAUCGUUACUUUUUAAAACCCAUCGGGAUCUGGCCCGUGGGCGAGGAUGCCUCGGGCCUCGUGAAAACUCUGCGCGACGCCAACGUCGUCGCUUGCUUCUGGCUGAUAUGCUUUCUGCUGGUGCCCUGCGCCCUGCACACUUUUCUCGAGGAGCCCAAUCCCAACAUCAAGCUCAAACUCAUCGGACCGAUGAGCUUUUGCCUGAUGGCGCUGGCCAAGUAUUGCUCGCUGGUCGGCUACAUCCCGGAGAUCGCCGCCUGCUUCGAGCACGUCGAGCAAGAUUGGACCAUGUAUCGACGCACCAAUUCUCAGUACGAGCUGCGCACGAUGCGGCGAAAUGCCAAAAUCGGACGAAAGUUGGCCCUGCUGUGCGCGGCCUUUAUGUACGGCGGUGGCUUCUUUUAUCACACCAUCAUGCCCCUGUCGUCGGGCAAAAUCGCCACGACGGAGUUCACGCAGAGACUGCUCGAACUGCUGUCCGAAAACAAUACGGAUCUCGAGCACAUGGGACAUGGUCCCCGAGCCUUGACCUAUCCGAUCUACGCGCGUCUGCUGAACGUCGAGCGCAGCCCCGUCUACGAGAUCGUGUUCGCCGUGCAGACGGUGUCGGGCUUCGUGCUCUACACCAUCACCAUAGGCGCCUGCAGCCUCGCCGCGACCUUCGUCGUGCACGUCUGCGCCCAGCUGCAAAUAGUCAUGGACCUGCUGGGCAAUCUGGCCGAUGGAACGAUCGAGGAUGGUGGUGGCGGUGGACUCGGAGUCGACGUCGAGGCCCGAUUGAACGACAAAAUAGCCACGAUCGUCGAGCGACACUUGCGAGCUCUCACCUUCGCCGAGCGCGUCGAGAACAAUCUCAAUGUCAUAUGCUUCGUCGAGUUCAUAGGCUGCACUAUGAAUAUAUGCUUUCUUGGAUAUUAUUUCAUCACGGAGUGGGAAAGCAGAAACACAAUCAGUACGAUGACUUACUGUAUUUUACUCGUGUCCUUCACGUUCAAUAUUUUUAUCUUCUGCUACAUCGGCGAAAUUCUGACAGAACAGUGCUUGCGCGUGGGCGAGGCGGCUUAUCGCGUCGAUUGGUACAAGUUGCCGUGCAAAAAAGCUCAAGGAUUGAUACUGAUACUGGCGGUGGCGAAUCGUUGCCCGGCGAAGAUCACCGCGGGUAAAUUAGUCAAUCUGUCGCUUGGUAGCUUCUGCAACAAACAGAGAACAAUGGAUCGCUUGAGUGGCAAAGUGGCCGUGGUGACCGGUGCCUCGGCGGGUAUCGGUUUGGCCAUAGCCAAGGAACUUCUGCGUCAAGGUAUGACGGUCGUCGGUCUGGCUCGAAGAAAAAGUCUCAUGGAGGAGAGAUUAGGGGGCGGCAUCAUCAAGAGCGGUGAAUUUCGAGCGAUCGAGUGCGACGUGAGCAAAGAGGAGAGCGUCAAGGAAGCCUUUCAACAGAUCGAGCGCGAUUUAGGCGCGCUGCACGUACUGAUCAACAAUGCUGGCAUUUUCCGGCUCAACUCUUUGGCCGAUGCCGACAUCAAGGACAUAAGGGAGCAAAUCGACGUCAAUGUACUCGGCUUGGUACAUUGUUCGCGCGAGGCCAUCAGAAUCAUGAAGGACAAGGACCUCGAGGGCCACAUCGUAAAUAUGAACAGUAUCCAAGGUCAUAGAGUACACACCGUGCCUGGUUUGAAUUUCAACGUCUACUCGGCGACGAAGCACGCCGUGACCGCCAUCACCGAGACCCUCCAGAAGGAGCUGUUAGGAGGCAAGAUUCGCGUCACGAGCAUCAGCCCGGGGGUGGUGAAAUCCGAGAUUUUCGAGGAGACCAACGUCGACAAGUCGGAGUACUCGCAUUAUCCGACCUUGAACUCGAGCGACGUGGCCGAGGCCGUGGCUUUCAUCGUGUCCAGGCCGCAGCACGUGCAGAUCACCGAGAUGACCAUUCGACCACUUGGUGAAUUGAUAUAGAGUGGAGAGAGCAAGAGAAAAGAUUUGUUUGAAGGAUCACUUUAAUAUUCAAUAUUCUUUGACAAGCAUAAACAAAAA